CGCUGGGCCUUUUUUUUGCAACGAAGUGUAUCAUCUGCUGUUGACUCGCUGAAAAUUUAAGAAGAAGAAGAUGAAUGCCGAAUAGAGAGACGACUUAUCUUAGUAAUACAAAUAUUCUUAAGAAAAAUGUUCAGUUUUCGUAGAUUAAGUGUAAAUAAAACAAAUUUUGGUAUUGUGUGUAAUUUAGAGUGCAAUAAGGAUUGGUUUUCGUCUUCAUCAAAACUACAGAAUGCUGAUAAUGGAGAACACAUAGAAAAUGAAGAAAAACAAGAAGAAAAUACUAUUCUUGUGGAUAAGGAUGAAAAUAUUACUCUAAUUGGAAUUAAUCGACCUAGAAAACGUAAUGCUAUCAACGCUCAAACUGCUGAGAAACUCUCUGCUGCUUUAAAUGAUUUUGAAGCCGAUAAAACUUCGCCUAUCGCUGUUCUUUACGGAGCAGGAGGCUCCUUUUGUUCUGGUUAUGAUAUACAAGAUUUGGAAGCGCAAGCCGAAAACGGGAACCUAGAGUAUUUAAUGCGCCAUGAAGGUUCGGUUGGACCUACACGACGACACAUCUCUAAGCCUGUUAUUUGUGGCAUUAAUGGUUAUUGCGUGGCUGCCGGCUUAGAAUUGGCUCUGAUGUGUGACUUGCGAGUUAUGGAAGAUACUGCAGUAUUGGGUUUUAUUAAUAGACGCUUUGGAGUGCCUUUAAGUGAUGGCGGCACAGUGCGAUUAGGGGCAAUGAUUGGCUAUGCACGUGCACUAGAGCUCCUACACACCGGUCGUAGGGUUGACGCUAAGGAAGCACUAAACAUAGGUCUUGUCAAUCGUAUGGUGGCCACAGGUACCGCAUUGGGUCAAGCUGUAAAUUUGGCGUUCUCCAUAGCAAAAUUUCCCCAGGCCUCUCUUCUUCAAGAUCGUAAUAACUUGUAUGCAAAUGUCUAUAGUCGGAAAAGUUUCCGCGAUGCUAUACAAAACGAGAUUAUGAACACAUCUAAAGAAGUACUAAAGGAACUUAAAGAAGGUGUUCAGAGAUUUAAAAAUUUCAAUCAUUUACCAGCCGAAAAUAAAGGCGCUAAAACGGAUGCUUGGCAAAUUAAAGAGAAGAAGCUGCCAGAUUGGGAGAAAGCGGAAAUUGUUCAUGAAAAUAAAAUAAAAACACAAAAAUGAAUAGGAUAUCCGAAUGUUCUAUUUGCCUCCCAAUCUGGUGUACUAAAUGUAAAGAAAUUUUCUUCGCUACAUUCUUUCGGGACAUCCAUAUGUUCUAUUUGCCUCCUAGUCUUGUGUACUUGUAGAAGUGUUCAGUUUCUUUUUCUUUAUGAGCACACGCCGAAAACAACUAUAUAAUUGUCAUCUGUCCGUCUUGCGUCGCAAUUCCUAAAGUGAUAAAAAUUAAGAUUUCUAUUGUUAAAUUUAACUCUUAAAAUUUGAACAAGGGCGUCGUAGAUGAAUUAUCUACGUUAGGCAAAGAGGCUAAGAUCAUUACAAUUUCCGCUGCUGCAAAUUUGAGUUACCCCCUAAAAAAUGAGAGCGAAUUACUAACACCGUGACCAAAUAGUGUAUUUAUUUAUGAACGCUUGUAUGAAUUGCGAAAUGUACGUAAAAGAGAGAAACAUAAAAAAU